AUGGACUCCACCAACAACCGUCUGUUCCGUUUCUCCAAGCCUGAGUGGCUGAACAACGCCGCCGUUCGUAACGCUGGCGUGUCCGUCGCCGGCGCGCUGUUCGCCGUGGGAUUCUUCUUCAUGAUCGAUGCUGCGUCGUUCUCGCACAGCGCCCGCAAUGGCUCUGACGUGCACGUCAUGUUUGUCGACUGGAUCCCCUUCAUCUUCUCCUCGAUCGGCAUGCUCGUGAUCAACUCCAUCGAAAAGUCCCGUCUGCAGGCCGACAGCUUCAGCUACAGCGGCAGCGGUGUUGCCUGGAAGGCCCGCUUCGUCCUGUUCCUUGGGUUUUCCAUGCUGGCCGGUGGUCUCGCAGGUAGUGUGUGCUUGCUUUCCUGCAUUGUGUUCUGUUCUCCGGAUCUUUUCCCUGCCUCUGACCAUGUCAAUCACAUCGUCUGGAUGCAUCCCUUUCACUCUCUCUUCUCUAUCCUUCUUGUCAACCUUGCCUCCAGAUUCAAGUACACGUCCUCUCCUUUCUUCAAGCUCUUUAUCGCUGGUGUUGUCGCCACUGCUGCACUCACAAAUGUCACGGUUAUGGUCCUCAAAUAUCUCAUCAAGGAUUACCCGAUUCAGACUCUCUACUUCGGAAUCGCCAAUGUCAUUGCCAAUGCUUUGACCAUGCUCAGCACUGUUGUGCUGUGGGUAUCACAAAACAUCGAAGAUGACUACACUUACAACCUUGCUCUAUGA